CAUGCCCGACGAAAACUUUAGAGCUUCUAGUACGCUUCUAGUAAUGGCAAAGUAGCUACGAGUGUCACCUAGAAGGAGCCUUUACUGUUCUCUUGGAGGCAAAAGCAACGUGGAGCUCUGUCAAUGGAGAUGAUAUGGGAAUCUUCACUGUUGACUGACUGACAUGACGCGCGUAAAUCAAAUGCUAGCAUACUGCUCCAGGAUCGUCUGAGACGAACAACGAUUGGGGAUAUGCACCCGGAACAGAACCUCAAGGGACAGGACACGGACCUCGUGCUCAAGCAAGUAUGAAAAACGAGGCUUCAUCUUCAGAAAUCGGGCAUGUCUUCUGUCUUGACUGGGAACCCUUGAAGACAGGUCUGGCCCUCUGACAAACAGACAGCCAACAGUUUACUCCCCAUGAAGGAAGUGGCAAGACAUACUCGUGUCUCCGAGUUGUUACGUAUCAACCCCUCGGAUUCUCAACUUCAAGAAAUGCAGCUCUCCCCAGAGUUCACUGGUCAGCUCGUGAGAGUGAAAUCGGAACCACCUGAUGUUGCGUGCCUGCCAGAAGAGGGCCAGGUACAGCAACAGCAGUGCAAUGCAUCCUCACCAGGAGGUGAUGCUGAUGGAGUGACAUAUGGGACGUGUCGCAUUAAAGAAGAACCUCAAGAGGACUCCUUGAAUGAACAUCCAAUCGUCGAAGUGAAGACGGAGCCUUAUAACGUUGCAGUCUUGACAGAGCAGGACCAGAUGGGACACAGCUGUGAUUCAACAUCAGAAGGAGCAAGAGAAAGCACUGGUGUGCUCCCUAUUAAAGACCAUCCCAGAUGCACUUGUGGUCAAGCAUCUUCAGGUUGCACUUUUUCAAAUGUGCAGCUCAAGAUCACCACAGCAACAACUGAACUGCAAUUCGACAACAUUGCACUAGUCACUAUGGACGGCCGACCCGCGGAACAACCUCCAGACGAGAGCAAGUCAUGUGGACUUGAAUGCACGCCGAAAGCCAGCAUGAAAUGCCACAUGUUUGCACACUGUCACUGUGAGUCUGAAAAGUGCCACGCUAUUUCUCCGUCAGAUGUUCAGAUCGGAGGGGAGACUUUUGGGUGCAGCAUCUGUCCCUCUGCAUUCUCGCAGUCUGUGAGUCGCGAGAACCAUGUGUUGAAGUGUACUGACGAGAAGCCAUGCAAGUGUGAUCUCUGUCCUGCAGAGUUAAUCCAGAGCACGCACCUGCAGCAUCACAAGAAGAAACACAUAGACGAGAGGCCACACAAGUGCGAUCUCUGUCCUGCAGAGUUCCGCCGGAGCACAGACAUGCAGCGUCAUAAGAGGACACACACGGGCGAGAAGCCAUACAAGUGUGAUGUCUGCCAUGCAAAGUUCAGCAAGAGAGGGAACCUACGGCUUCACGAGCGGACACACACGGGCGAGAAGCCAUACAAGUGCGAUGUCUGCCCUGCACAGUUCCUCCGAAACGCAGACAUGCAGCGUCACAAGAGGACACACACAGGCGAGAAGCCAUACAGGUGCGAUGUCUGCCAUGCCGCAUUCAGCGAGAGAAGGAACCUACAGCUUCACAGGCGGACACACACAGGCGAGAAGCCAUACAAGUGUGAUGUCUGCCCUGCACAGUUCUGUCGGAGCACGGACAUGCAGCGUCACAAAAAGAUACACACAGGCGAGAAGCCACACAAGUGCGAUGUCUGCCAUGCAGAGUUCAGCCAGAGAGGGAACCUCCAGCUUCACAAGCGGACGCACACAGGGGAGAAGCCAUACAAGUGCAAUGUCUGCCCUGCAGAGUUCAGCCGGAGUGGGCACCUACAGAAUCACAAGCGGACACACACGGGUGAGAAGCCAUACAAGUGUGACAUCUGCCCUGCGGAGUUCAGCCAGAGCGGGCACUUACACCUUCACAAGCGAACACACACAGGCGAGAAGCCAUACAAGUGCGAUCUCUGUUCUGCAGAGUUUCGCCGGAGCACAGAUAUGCAUCGUCAUAAGAAGACACACACGGAGAAGCCAUAAAAGUGCAAUAUCUGCCCUGCGGAGUUCAGUCAAAGCAGGUCCCUGCAACAUCACAGGCAGACACGUGGGCGAGCACCCAUAAAAAUGCGACCUCUGCCUUGCAGAAGCCUCAGAGGUUCCUCAGAGAGCCUAAUUCAGCCACAGUGUGAAGCAAGAAACCAUACAGGAGUGUUCUCUGUUCUGCAAACUUGAUUAUGAUGGAUAGAAAAGAAAUGAGGAGCUAAGUCAUGACAAGAUCAGACUGGCUACCCCUGUACACCAACGUAGAGCAAAAACGAAAAGGCGAAUGGCAGUGAAAAGAAGAGUUCGGUCGGUGAAAGAAAAGGAAAGGCCACAGUCAAGCAGAGAGUCGGACACUGUGUGAGUCACAACAUAUACUAGUCUCACAGUUGUCUAUCACAAUCAAGCCAGUAGUCCCAUAGUUCUACUGUGUAGACAGGGUGUCUACCAACCUAGAAAACCUGGAAAACAGGGAAUUGUCAGGGAAUUUUGAUAUGACUGGAAAAGUCAGGGGAUUGUCAGGGAAUUUGGCCAAAAAGCAAGUGAAGUCAGGGAAUAUCUCGGACAAGUACCAUGAUGAUGCACGGCGAAUUCGCGAGUGCCGACCGGUGGUUGAGCGGCGAUGCUGCAGCAACGUUACCGCGAGUAGCAGUUUGCCAGUGCAACAAGUUCUGAGGCCAGAAAAGUAAGAUAGCCUCACUAAUACUUAAUAAAUGUUCUUUUUUAUUAGGGAUCUAUAUCAAAACCUAGGAGCAGGAACCAAGUUCCCUUUUGAUUUUGUCAGGGAAUUUGCUUGAAAUCAGGGAAAACCUAGAAAAGUCAGGGAGUUUGAAGGCUGCAGUUUGGUAGACACCCUGGUAGAAGUCACAAGUUACGAGACACAGAUCAACUUGGUAGGCUCAAGAAACCGAAGCAGUGCCUGCAAUGUGACCAUGGUGGUGUGCUGGCCAGUGACCUAAGGUGUUUGCAACAUCGAAAGGGCAGGCAUCUAGACAAACCAAGCUCGCUUUUAGGGCCCUGCAAAUGUUGAUGUACUGUAACAAUCAGGGAGGAUGUGUUCCGAGUCUUCUACGACACCGCAUUGGCCACAGUUGGGGGUAGCACACCUGCCCAGCUUGUGCUGCAAACAAGCGCCUAAGGGGACGUUCAGUCAAAGCCUAUGCACAAGGGCUGCAGCAGGUUGAUGUCGACAUGGAGGCACCUGGAACCUGAGGUCAGGGUCAACCCUGUAUAACAACGAAGACUGUUCAAAUGUAGACACCCAGUAGGUGGUGAACAUUUGUUGUCUGAACCUGUGAAUAAUACUGCUCACGUCUCGCUCUUGGUGAAGUAAACAAGUUUCAGCUGGGCGCAGGGGCAGUGGAACGUUUUGAGUUCAGAGGGGACAAGACCUUGGUUGGCGCCCUCCCCCAAUGUCCCAACCCAGAUGUAUGGGUUGGGUAUGUAUGCAGUAUCUGUGGUUAGAAAUUCUUGGCGUGACAAGGGAAGGAACAUCCUUUAAUCUCAUGCUGGCAUUGCUAUAGAACAAGAGGAACACGCAUGGUAGCGUAAAUCCUAAUCGUGGCGAUGAGACAAGUAGACUCGGGUACAGGAAGGAGCCUUGGAGACCCGCUGUCAUGAAUAUAGUCCCACUGUAUUCCAGAGGGGUGGAACCUAAGUGCCUAAAUGAAGGUAGAGCCCCAAGUGCUGGGCUCGGGAUUCCUCCUUCUCUUUCCGUAGCUGCGUGGGCAAAAACGUCCUCGUCGAUUCCCGACAUCCUCCCAGGGUCAGCUGUGGUGUCAUCGUGGGCCUCUGGCAUGUACAAACGCUGGGCCGGACGCGACGUUUCUCUUCCAUUUGCGAGUCUGAUUGUGAAGCUCUUGAAGAUCCCAUCGUGCCACGGGUGUACGGCUACAACAGUGACGGUUUUCCGCAACAAUGGUGGGACGCGGUCGUCUUCAACGAUGACAAGAUCACCAGGUUUCAGUGCUGGAGGGGCUAUUCCAUUUCCAGUGCUUCCGGAACCCUUCAGUGGCUUGCUGGCGUUGCGUAAAGUCAACAGUGUGCUCUCUUGAUGGACAUUCUCGAGAAGUGGCAGCUUGGCAGUACGGUUCCCGACAAGGAAGUGAGACAGGGUAAAAGGGAGCACCUCUUGAGGAACAGUGGAUAUGCUAGUGACGGGUCUGCUGUUUACGGCCACUUGGACUUCGUGAAGGAUGGUAACGAGUUCUUCAAGUGUCUUGCGACGAUGGCCGUGGGUCAGUCUUUGGGAUGACUCCACCGUUGCGGAUCAUGCGCUCCCGCCACCCUCCCCACCAAAGGGCGGAAAUGGUGCUAAACCUCCAAGUGAUGCGGAGGUUGCUGGUGAUAUCUUGGACGGGUUCCGUGGACAGGAGAGUGAGGAGGGUGAGCGCAUUGGUGGAAAGUGCAGGCAUUGUCGGAGUAUUCACGUGAUGGAACACCGCAUCGGGCAACGAAACGGCGGAAGGUGAGAAGAAACGCCGGGGCGGUCAUGUUUGUGACGAGCUCGAGGUGAAUCGCUCGAGUCACCGUGCACGUAGAGAGGGCCGCGUAUGCUUUAGAUGAGGCACUUGAGCAGACUCGGACAUACAGCAUGCCGGAGAAGUCCACGCCAGUGACGUCGAAGGUGGUGUUCAGUGUUACCCUCUUGUGGUGUAGUGGGGCAACAGGCGCGUAUUCUGGACGAAGUCUCGUGCGGCGGCACCGCAGGCACCGAUGAAGUACGCGUUUCACAGUUUGUCGUCCUUGAUCAGCCAGUAUCUGUCGCAGAGAUCGAGGAGCGUUGUGUGAAUGCUUGCAUGGUAGAGGCAGAGAUGGGCAUACAUGAUAAUAAGGGCCGUGAGGCGGUGAUGGCUUGGGAGAAGGAUAGGAUGUUCUAGGUCACUUGGGUCAGGAGGGCUUCAAGGCGACCACCUACACAGAGAAUGCCGUCACCAUUCAGUAUAGGUCGGAAAAGUCUGAUUGCUGAUGGUCGAGGGAGCUGAAGCGCAGAAGCCUCACUGACGAAGACGUCCUCUUGAAACCGCCGAAGCGAGUGGAUUUUUGCCUGACUAAGCUUGCGUGUGGUUAGGGAACCGUGUAUGGCCGACGCCGUGCGGCGAGCGUUAGCCACGAAGCAGUGCACCCAAGCGGUGACCCAGAGAACUGUGCGUAGAUUGUCGUAGCGGUCCAAAUCGAAAAUGGCCGGUAACCUAAGCGAGGGUGCGAGGCAGACAGUGGUCUGCAGGAUGUCUGGCUGCAUUGUGAGCCAAUGUAGCCACCGUAGGGGUUUGGCGGCCUCUCGCUCAGCAGACCCACCGAGAGAGAAGAUCGGCGAUGAAUGGUUGGUUUGCCGUCCAAGUGCCCUGACGUGCCCUGACUUGGAGGAGGGCGUGCAUCCCUGGGCAAGUGCAAGUACCCGUCGUGGUGGGGGGGUGCGAGGAGCAUUCAGAACUGGUGCGUUGGAUGUCGCAGAGGAGGGAAAAUGAUGCUGAUGAUGGAUUCCUGAAGGAACGGCAUUCGCGUGAGACGUGGUUGUAUUUGCCGCAGCGGAAACAGCAACGUUUGGCUGAGAUGUCUAUGCUUGGCGUGGAAGACACAGCUGCGCGGCAAUCUUGAAUGGCGUGAGAGGGGCUGUUACACAGCUGACAGUUGUGUGGACAGUGAUUUGUCGACCGAGCGGCUAGUGAGAGGGCUGUCGGGGAAACUGGCGGGCACCUCCCGUUGGGACACAUGACGCUGAGCAAGCUUGCAAUCCUCUCGGCUCUUGAUAUGACCGCGAAGGAAGGCCAGUAAGCUCGAAACUGUUUCGGAGCGUACGUCUGACAUCAGCACCUGGCAGCUGAAGUGGACUCGAUGGCGCUUUCUCGAGCUGUCGCUGGCGAAACUCGACGACCAGCUCUUCCAGAAUGCAGCGCAUUGCUACGCGGUGCAACACGACUGUGUAACAGGACUGAGGAACUCCAAGAUUCUGUAGGCAACUGGUUCUAAAGAUAGUGCCAUAGACCUGUCGCAACUUCUCUACACCUUGGGCCGAGGAUACAGGGCGCAAACUGAGAAGCUUAUCGAUGUGAGCAUCUACAAGUUCCGCUUGUCGACCGAAUCGAUUCUGUAAAGUCGUGAUCACCGUGUCAUAAUUGGCUUCAGAGAUGGGAUUUCCCUCGAUGGAACAUUUCACUGGACCCGACAAGUAGGAUAGUAGAUAUUUAAACUUUUCGAUUCUGGGCAAAGCUUUGCAGUUAUGAAUUGUGGUUCGUAAGUGAUCCCAAAACGCUUGCCAGUCCUCUGCCCUGCCCGCAAACGUGGGGAUCAGCACCUUCGGAAGAGCCACCAUUCUAAUGCUGGAUGGAAGCUGGUGAGGCUCACGAGGAGUGUUUGCGACUUCAGGACUGGGCUCGACAAUGCGACGAGCUCUUGCCAAGCCGAGGUAGAUAUUGUCCUGUUAACGCGUAACUGCAGUGUACUCAUCUUCGAACGCGUCAUCGCCGACUUCGUCCUGGAUUUUGGAGUCCACCUCUCGCAACUGUCCAGCCAAAAAAAAAAAAAAGAACUCCCCUUGCGAAGUUGUAAAUCUUUAUUUUCGGGGGUGGUAUCCCGUGAGGCCUCAGUGUCGCCAUCGAAAGGGCAACUAUGCAAUGCCCCACCUGCAGCCACCAAUUACCUGAGGGGUCCCAUAUUCGCGUUCUCGUGGUGGGAGGCCCGGAGGCUGCACCGCCUCCCUAUAGUGAAGCGCCUCCACCGAGGUAUUUAGAGCAACGACAAGAACUCGGUAGGGGGCGCGGGUUGGCGCUCAAUACGCACACGAACGACCAGCCGGUCGAGGACGACGACGCGCAUAGUGACGAAACGACGACGAGGACGACGACAUAGGACGAGGACGACGACGAAAAGUGAAUAAAACACAGCGAUAAAAAACAGUGUUCUAAAAAACAGGGUGGAGAAUAAAGGACACCAGACGUUUUUAAGCAACUUUUUUAGCAGAUUUAUUGAUUUUAGGUCAUUAGCGGCGAGAUAAUCGGAAAACAGGG